AUGGUCUCGGGGACCGCCUUUGCUUCUCCCGCACCAGCGGAUAACCUAUUCAGCCCUUCCAGCUCAAUUGUUACAGAUAUCACGGAUGAUUAUGGAUGGGAGACCCCUGUCAACGGUGCAGCAAUAUCGUUACGGGAGAACGAUAACAUCCUCGAGGCCCCUCAAUAUGAAGAUAAGGGCGAACUGGAGCGGACUGAGGAAAUAUCCGAACAGGAUCCAGUACUGGAUCACCAUUUCCAGUCCAUAGCGUUGGGUAGAACGAAGAGUAUAACCAGCUGGAGACUGCGAACUAUUAUCUCAUCUACAGAAACAAAGAACAUCGAUGUCGACUUGUCUGAUAAGCGAAACGGGGUUCCCGACAUCCCUAUUGAUAGCAACUCGGUUAUUCUUGAUCGAAGAGAAACUCUAGAGGGAAUAACAGCUCUAGCAAGAGCAAUCACACCCAAAGAUUUGUUGCCGACCAAUCUCUAUUCUCUUGAAGGUGGCAAAUACAACAACUUGAGGUUUCUGGCUGAGAAGACAUGGAUUCUCAACGAACGAGCAGUCAGCGAUGCUGAUAGUGGCAUGAAACCCUUCUCUAAGCCAGUUAUAUCCUGCGCGAAGAAUCAGGAAUUGAAUCAAAGUCCAAUACCACCAAGUCAAGAUAUCCCGAACAUCACUAUCUCCCCUCCACAGGAUACUCAGACAGGUUCGUCUUCUAAACUGGGCGAUAAAUCUACCCUCUGUAGCAAGAGCAUAUCGCUGGCAGAUGAUACAAUCCAGAAUGUAUUGUCUCUUCUCUCAAUCCAGGCAUUAUCCGAAUCCGUCAAGGACAAAAAUGCGUCCCAAUUGUCACUUUCUAAAAUCAUACCAAUUGAGAUUCGUGGGCGCCUGAAAGAGGACAAUCAACACUGUCCGGCAUGGACAAAUAAGGGCGAGCGAUGCAAACAACCCCACAAGACAAAUUUCUCACACGUUAGACAAUGCUUAGACAACAUGAUCAUCAUCAAAACUAGUCAGUUGCUCGAGUACCUGAACGAUUUGAUUUCUGUCACAUUAUGCUCGCAGACGCAUCAACGUGUUGCGCGGAAAGAGAUAGAAAAUUGGAUGGCAGAUAUUGAGAAUCUUGACAGAGUCCACGAAGGUAUCCAAGGAACGGUCUCUUCAAAUCAUCGCCUGUUAGCCCUUGCUGACUGGAUCAGCGCCCUGAGUGGUACGCAAAGUCUCUCUCAGACAGAGAACCUAGUACCGUCUUCACGCCCAGCAGAGCUUAAGGAGAAUAAUUCCAGCGAUGUUCCACAAAGACAGCGCUUGCUUCAAAUCUUUGAACCUUACCUUCCCAAAAGACUGGCCUGUUUGGCUGUGUCUGAAGCCCUUGAAAAGCUUUUGCUAAAACCUCUGACGAAAAAGACCGAGAUCGAGAAAGUCGGAAUCGUAUAUGUUUACUGGCAGCCAGGAAACUUCGGACACCUGAAAAUAGGCUAUACCGACGAUCUUGAGAAGCGCAUGAAAGGAUGGAACAGGCAGUGCAACAAAACGAUGGAGAUUUAUUACCCAAGUCGAAACGAUGCCGAGGAGCUAAUUCCAGUCAGUCACGUUUUUCGCGUAGAGAAGCUAGUGCACACGGAAUUGAAAAACCUCAGACGCAUCGAGAAAGAUUGCUCAGGGUGUGGAAAGAAUCACAUUGAAUGGUUCGAGGCCCCGCUUGAUCUUGCGGUAGCAGUUGUGCGCAAGUGGAUGGCUUGGAUGCGAGAAUCUCCGUACGAGGAGCGAUCAUCCUCAGGCGGAGGCAAUGCCGAGUGGGUUUUGAAGGAGGAACAGAAAAGUAAACUAUCUGCUCUUUCACAACCGCUGAAGGAGGUUUCAAUUACUGCUCAGCCUAUGGAGAAGGAACGGCACAGCUACACUCGUCGGGUCAAACGUCUCAGCUAUCGCAAAUAG